CCUUAUAUCAGUAGUUAUCACGAAUCAAACAGAUGACAAAUAUUAUAAGGGGUCAAGAACGAGAUGAUUCACUUAAUACCUACACCAACAGCCAACGUGUGCCAUAAAAGGUAUUGAAGGAUUCUAGAAUUGUGACUAAACUACAAGCCUCGAUACGCAAUCGCUACCGGCUUUAAGUCGCUACGUCCGGUAAAUCCAACAAGGCCAUUUUUAGGCACCUCGAAAUACUCCAUAGACCCCUUUCUUGUAGAAUCUUUGAAUCCUCCUCUUUCACUCCAACUCCGUACGUAAGUUAGAAACACCUAAAUAUGUCUACGAGUGACAUAUUACAUAUAAAGGGCCUCUUUCCCCAUCGGCAAGUAAGCCUUAACAUGGUAGUUUCACUAAACACAUUCGACCCCUGAGACCACCUUACAACAAACAGGCAACAAUCAAAUCAUAAUAUGCCAGUAUUCGACGAGACAGCGACCAGCGAACAGGUCGUCGAGGCCUUUGCCUCGCAGAUCAAAGGUCGCACGUUCGUUAUUACGGGCGCCGGCCAUCCUAGUAUUGGAAGUCAGAUAGCCGUCUCACUUGCGAGAGGUGCCCCCGCGCACAUUCUAAUCGCCUCGCGCACAGGCAAGAAGGUCGAACCAGUACUGGAGAAGAUCGCCGAGAUCGAUAGUUCUAUCAGGACUACCUUUGUUCAAGUUGACUUGACGGAUCAUGAGUCGGUAAGACGAGCAGCCAAAGAGAUACUGGCAGCAACACCCAAGAUCAACGCCCUUAUCAACAGUGCCGGUGUAAUGGCUAUCAAAAAUUACACCCUAGAUAAACAGGGCAUCGAAUUGCAGCUAUCAGCCAACCAUGUCGGUCACUUCUUACUAACGAACUUGCUCGCACCCGCACUGAUCGCUGCCGGUUCCGAGCCGGAUGGAGCACGAGUCGUUAAUCUCACUAGCUCCGGCUUUUUUCUUAGCCCCUUCCGCUUCGGCGACUGGAACUACUCGGGUGGUAAAACCUACGAUCAUUGGACCGGGUACGGCCAAGCGAAGACCGCAAACGUUCUAUUUAGCUAUGGCCUAAAUAAACGACUCGGUAGCCGCGGCGUGACCUCUACGGCUACUCAUCCGGGCUACAACCACGACACCGAGUUAGGAAACCACCUUACUCAAGAAGACUACGCGGAGAUACCUGGGGUCGUAAGGCGCAAUACGGGUAAAGAUUGGGAGUGGGAGUCUCCCCGAUCAAAGACAUAUACGCAAAUUGCUGCUACAUCACUCAUCGCAGCUCUAGAUCCUGACAUUCCCGCCAAGUCGCCGGCUUACUUGAUGAAUAGCCAGAUUCACGAAGCCGCUCCAUAUGCGACGGACCCCGAGAACGUUGAGAAGCUGUGGAAGCUGAGCGAGGAACUUGUCAAGCAGAAGUUCGAGUAUUAAUUGCGUAAGGGAUGAUUUGCUCAUAGCACCGCUGAGCGCACGAAUAAAAAUAUCAACUCGAUUGAAAAAUCUUUAGUUCCUUGUAAAACUUCCCCAGAAAUUCCCUUCUGACAUCUGGGGUAUCCGGGAUUCUAGUUUCCGGUUAAUUAAAUUCCGUGACACUGCAUUUAGAGGCUACAUAUAUUAUACACCCCUGCCUGGUAAAUCUACCAUUUACCACGCACGUUUCUCCCAAGGGCCACCGGCUAAUUAGGGGCUAGAGUAAGGAUUAGAUGCUAAAACUUAUUAUUAUGCC